UAAAGAGAGCAUGUUCCAGAGGAUGCCAGGAUGACUUCAGUUAUUGGAUGACUGUUGCCUGAUGGAUGGAGAAAGGAGGAGUAAACCUUUCAGUCUGCACUGACAGAGCUGAAACACAGAAAGCCAGUCUACAGGUGCAUGUGACAGCAUUGCAGCUAUGAGUGGAAUUUUAAAGAGGAAGUUUGAAGAAGUUGAUGGCUCUUCAUCCUGUUCCUGUGUGUGGGAAUCAGAUGAUGACAUUUCUAGCAGUGAAAGUGCUGACAGUGGAAAUAAUGUUCAUCCAUCAGCUUCUAAUCAUUUUAUCCGUGCAUGUGACAGCAUUGCAGCUAUGAGUGGAAUUCUAAAGAGGAAGUUUGAAGAAGUUGAUGGCUCCUCACCUUGUUCAUCCGUGCGGGAAUCAGAUGAUGAAGUAUCAAGCAGUGAAAGUGCUGACAGUGGUGAUAGUGUCAAUCCAUCCACUUCUAAUCAUUUUACCCCUUCUUCAAUCCUGAAGAGAGAGAAGCGGAAGAGAACAAAAAAUGUGCAUUUUAACUGUGUUACUGUGUACUACUUCACAAGGCGCCAAGGUUUCACCAGUGUUCCCAGCCAAGGGGGCAGCACAUUGGGAAUGUCCACUCGGCACAACAGCAUGCGCCAGUACACGCUUGGAGAGUUUGCCAUGGAGCAGGAGAGGCUUCACCGAGAAAUGUUAAGAGAGCAUCUAAGGGAGGAAAAGUUUAAUUCCCUAAAAUUAAAGAUGACAAAGAAUGGUACAGUGGAAUCUGAAGAAGCGAAUACACUGACAUUGGAUGACAUUUCUGAUGAUGAUAUUGAUCUAGACAACACUGAAGUAGAUGAGUACUUCUUCCUACAGCCCCUGCCAACCAAAAAGCGAAGGGCUUUGCUACGAGCUUCUGGGGUGAAGAAGAUCGAUGUGGAAGAGAAGCAUGAGCUGCGGGCCAUCCGCUUAUCCAGAGAGGAUUGUGGCUGUGACUGCCGUGUGUUCUGUGAUCCAGAAACCUGCACUUGCAGUCUGGCAGGCAUAAAAUGUCAGGUGGAUCGUAUGUCUUUUCCAUGUGGUUGCACUAAGGAAGGGUGUAGCAAUACAGCAGGUAGAAUUGAAUUUAAUCCUAUCCGUGUACGGACUCACUUUUUGCACACAAUAAUGAAACUUGAACUGGAGAAAAACAGAGAGCAGCAAGUUCCUGCACUCAACGGCUGCCACAGCGACAUAAGCGCACACACCAGUUCAAUGAAUGCAGGACCCCAUCCAGCUGAAUAUUCAAUUGCAGAGAAUUUUGAGAUCGAAGCGGAACCGCAGGCUGCAGUUCUGCAUUCUCAGCCAGCCGAGGACUUGGACUGCCCAGGGGAAGAUGAGGAAGAAGAAGAUGGGAGUAGCUUUUGUAGUGGAGUUACAGAUUCUAGCACACAGAGUUUAGCCCCUAGUGAAUCAGAUGACGAUGAGGAGGAGGAGGAAGAGGACGAGGAGGAGGAAGAAAAAGUGGAUGAUUUUUUGGAAACUAUGGGCUCCCAUGCUGACAUGGUGCCUCUUCCUUCUGUCCUUUGCUACUCUGAUGGUACUGCUGUGCAUGAAAACCCCUCGAAAAAUGCCUCAUACUACAGUAACUCUCCAAAUCUGUAUUACCAAAUAGAGAGCCAUGUUGCAGGCACUAGUAACCAGAUUGGCGAGACGUACUCGGAAAGAGAAGCUGUCAAGAAUGGUAGUCUCUCCCUGGUGCCUUACAACAUGACUUCAGAACAGUUUGUUGACUACAGGCGGCAAUCAGAGGAAACUUUUAGCAGCCCUCAUUACCCUUCUGCAAACCCCUCAGUGAUUGUUUGCUGCUCAUCGGCGGAAGCAGAUAACAGCGCUCCAUGUAACACUUUAUACGCUGAACACAGACCAGGCCACCCUCCAGUGGAAUUUCACUCAUACUUGAAAGGUCCCUCCCAAGACGGAUUUGUUUCAGCUCUGAGUGGCGACAGUCAUUUACCAGAGCACCCUGCUGAGACCUCCCUAAACCUUCCAGAAAAGAGCAGACUGCACGAAGAGUGCAUCAAGUCACCAGUGGUAGAAACAGUACCUGUUUAAUAUUAAAAUUAUCCUAGGACUGGAUUCCUUUACUAAAUGCACUCAAGUUGGAUUUC